AUGGCAACUGCGCUCAACCAUGCCCCCACACCAACCCUGAUGGUGGCUGCACUCAACCAUACCCCUACACCAACCCACAACAUCCUGAUGGUGGCUACACUCAAUCAUGCCCCCACACCAACCUAUAACAUCCUGAUGGCAGCUGCACUCAACCACACCCCCAUGCCAAUCUACAACAUCCCUGUCAUUGUCAUUGCCUGUGAAGAGACCGAGACAAGCUCAUUAGCACUCGGCAAGAAGCUUAACCUGAAGGAGCUGAGGUUGGCAUCAGAGGAUUUGCUUGCUGAUUUCUUCAUGCUCAAUAAGAACUCUAUGUCGCUGCUUUCAUUGACCAGUGAGACAUUCCCAAAAGUUGUCACUAUGGUUGAUGCAUUGAUCACAUCCUCCUCUUCCAUAUUUGCCUUACACUGGAUGGGCGCCCAUCACACAGCACAUCCUCCCCCCAACCACAGCCCCAUCUGCCAUCACACAGCACAUCCUCUGCUCAGCCACAGCCCCACUACAUUCUCCCCCCAGCCCCAACCCUCUAAUGGCUCUUCUAACAAUGAUCCUCCUAUUGAUCCGUGUCUUCUGCAAGCUCCUCCCUCCUUUCCCAGUCUACUGAGUCUUGCUCAAUGCUUCGGAAUCCCCCCUCCCUCACUGUCACGCAUUCAGCAAAAUUGCCGACAAACCAUUUCACAUAUGUGCACGUCUGUAGAUUUCUGUUUCAUUGCAUCUCAUCUGGAGGAGUGUAGCAUCGAGGAAAUGAGAACUGAAAUGCAGUCUCGUGCACCUGCACUAUGGGAUUUGCUUGGGCUUUUGCUAGGGGCUGAUAGUUCAUCUUCAUUCGAAGACGUGAAAGAUGCUGAUGGAGAUAUUAUGAUGGGCAGCUUGCAACGGACUAGCUCUGAGGUAUAUGAUGAAGAGGAUGACUAUUGGGGUGAUGUAGACGACUUAGAUCUUGAUGCACAUACUACGACGAAACAAACUAUGCGGUGAUCUGCAGUCAUCAUGAUAGUAAGCAUAGUGCACACCCCACAUCAGCAAACUAGUGGGCUGUGUUACAAGUCACACCACAUGUCACAUCAGGUGAUAUUAUUCGCACAUUAUAAUUUGCAUUUUGUAGGAAUUGAACCCAAGACCUUAGCAAUUAGAAGUGUAUCAUAAUAACC